AUGACGUCAUAUUCAGGCGCCACCCAGUGGUUGUUACUAUGGAAACGAAGCUUCGCUUACGGCCCUGAUACUUUUAUAUCCUUGGUAUUUGGAUGUUUAGCCAUGGAUUCAAAAAUCUGUGUAGAAAUCGUCGGUUUAAUUAGAGAUCGCAAUUUUCAUACUGCCAAAAGUAUAGCGGAGGGACUGAAACAGAAGUUUCCCGAGGCGUUUCUAGAUCCAGCAAUUCAGCCACUGCUGGAAUUUGACUGGUGCUCUUAUCUGAUGAAGAAGAAAAGAGAGCUCCGCGGUGACGUGUGGCAGUACUCCAGCAACCUGAUGUGCUUUCUGAACGGCCAUCUUCUUGGUAAUGAGAAAGAUCUUGCUAGCUGGGCCAAGAAGCAGUGGAGUUUCACUUUCACCCGGCCACAGGCUUUCUACAUGGCUCUUGCUGAGGACUUCUACACCAAGCACCUCCAGAAAAUCGGGCACACAUUUGUCUUCAUGGAUAUUGAGAUAGCUGGAGAAGCAGUAGGGAGGCUGUUGUUUGAGCUGUUCUCAGAUGUUUGUCCAAAGACAUCAAAGAACUUCGAGGCUCUGUGCACAGGAGAACAAGGACUGUCCCAGAGUGGCCUCCCACUCUGCUACAAGGGCUCUCUGCUGCAUCGUGUUGUGCCAAAUGGCUGGGUGCAAGGAGGAGACAUUUCUCUAGAAAGAAAAGGUGAUGGAGGAGAGUCAAUCUAUGGAUCAACCUUUGAAGAUGAAAGCUUUGCUAUUUCUCAUUGUAAGCGGGGUAUACUAGGAAUGGCCAAUAAGGGUCCCCAUACCAAUGGAUCCCAGUUCUACAUCACUCUGCAGCCAACACAGUGGAUGGACAAGACCUACGUAGCCUUUGGACAAGUGGUCGAAGGUUUUGACGUUCUCAGGAAAUUAGAAGAAGCCCCAACUUGCUUGGAAAGACCCAAGUAUGAAUGUAAAGUAAAGGACUGUGGCUUAUUCAAGCAAUAACCCCAAAACCCCAAAUGAUGGUCCUCAGUCAUAUGUAUACAUAAUAUAUGACCGGAUUGUGAUGCUAUACACAUGUAACUAAGGCAAAAGGUUAGAAUGUAUGUAAACAUGUUUGUAAUAAUACAUAAGCAAUAUAUAAAUAUAUCCAUUCAUUUAUUAUUGAGCGUCAAUCUGAUAGUGACU